AUGUCUAUUUUAAUCGGAACUUUAUUGAUAAGUUUAGCUUUAAUUAAUUUAUCAUCAAAUAUAAAUCCUUCUCUUCAUUUAUUUAUGGAUGAACUUUUCAAACAAAUUCACGACAAUAUUCCUAUCGAAUAUCUAAGACAAACAUCAUUGAAUAAAGUGAAAACAAUAUUUUCAAUUUUUCUUCUUAUCUCCGGUUGUGUUUUGCAUUUCUGUAAUGGAAUUAAACGUUUGAUUUUUCUAAUUCCUUUGUCAAUAAUAUCAAUAUAUAUGGUAGAAUCAACAAUCAUUUAUAGUUUAACGUUACAAAGUGUUAUUGUUUAUAUAUUUUUAUUGAUGUCCAUAUUGCUUGUUAUUUUCAAUGAUUGUGCUGAACUUGAUGAAAUUGAAAUAUAA